AUGCCUGCCUUCGCGCAGGACGUCUCGAAGGAAGGCAAGACGACGAAGAAGGACAUCUCGGCGACGCUCGAUCGCACCAAGGAUCAGUCCAAGGCGCUCGACAAGGACAAGACCAAGGACAAAAAGGACCUCGGUCUGUCCGAAGGCCCUGCCGAUAGCAAAGAUGUCAACGUGGACAAGCGCACGCCCGAAGAGAUCGACAAGAUCAAGCGUGAGCUCGAAGCGAAGAACAUGCAGAUGAUCCAGAAGCUGGAUCAGAUCAUUCAGGGCGAUCCCUACUCCGCGCAAAAGCCGGACUGGAUGUUCCAGAAGGCCGAGCUCCUCUGGGAGCUUCGCAACUGGGAGUACUUGCGCGCUCGCGCCGAGUACAACCAGUGCCUCGGCGCCGCUGACGCUGGCAACAUCGACGAGUCCAAGUGUAAGGAGCCCGUCGCCGACUACGGCGACGCGCAGACGAUUUACUCCGACAUCCUCAAGCAGUACCCGGAUUACAGUCGCCUCGACGAGGUGAUCUAUCGUCUGGGUCGCGGGUUGAUCGAGGCUGGCGAGGGCGCAAAGGCUGUGCCGCUGCUCCAGCGUCUUGUCCAGAACUACCCGAACUCGCGCUACAAGCCCGAGGCGCACCUCGCGCUCGGUGAGUUCUACUUCGACAAGAACAUCUUCAACCUCGCCAAGACCAACUACGAAGAAGUCAUCGGCUUCGAGAGCUAUGGCUUCCGCGAGUACGCGCGCUACAAGCUCGGCUGGGUGCACUACAACCAGAACGAUUAUCGUCUGGCGGUGGAUACGUUCAAGCAGGUCGUCGAGACCAACGAUCAGACGAUCGGCUUCCGUAACCAGGCGCUCAACGAUUUGAUCCUUGGCUUCGCGCAGCUCGAAGAUGGCUGGAAGGAGGCUCGCACCUACUUCCUCGACUACGACAAGCGCUACGCUGGCAAGGACCCACAGGCCAAGGGCGACAAGGAAUACGCCUACAAGCAGAUGGGCAAGAUGGCCGGCUACCUCGAGCAGCAGGGUCAGGACGAAGACGCCAUCGAGAUCUACGAGUGGUUCAUCGGCGAGCGCCCGAACAACAAGAAGAUUCCCGAGUGGAUGGAGUCGAUUGUUAUCGCCAAGAAGAAAGAGGUUAAUAACCUCGAGGCGACCGAGGCUGCGAUGAAUCGUUUCAUCGCCUACCUCGAUCCGGCGGGCACCUGGGCGACUCAGAACAAGGAAAACAAGGGCGCGAUUCAGAACGCCGAGUUGUUGACCGAGGCGAGUUUGGCCUACCUCUCCAACGUGUACCACGUGCGCGCGGAGAAAGAGGGCGCGAUCGACGACUACAAGAAGGCUGCCGAUUACUACGAGCAGUUCGUCAAGCGCUUCCCCAACAAGCCCGCGUCGUUCGACAUGAACUUCCUGCUCGGGCAGAUCUACCUCUUCGAGCUCAAGGAGCUCCCGAAGGCGGCGGCGCAGUACCAGAAGGUGGUCGACCUCUACAAGGCGGACAAGAUCCCGAAGGGGAUCAAGAAGGAGGACGCCGAGGAGACCGUCGAGCUCGCAGCGUUUGCCACGGUUAACGCGUACAACGAGCUGGUCAAGUCCAAGUGCGAGGACUCGAUUUUGGUGAAGAUGGCCGAGGCCGCAGAGUCCUCCAAGGAUGGUGUCUACAAGACCAAGGACACCAUGGACCUCAAGGAGGACAAGCCAAACCCGAAGGUCGACAUCGCCGCCAAGUGCAAGUACGAGCUCAGCUUCGUGGAGGCAUCCGACCAGUGGUCCGAGAUGUAUCCCAAGGACAAGCGCACGCCGACGGUCGAUUACGUCUCUGCCGAGAUCUACAAGGCGCGUGGCCACUACGAUAAGUGUGUUCCUCGCUACGAGAACAUCAUCAAGAACGCGCCCAAGAAGCACCCCUACCGCUCGUUCGCGGGCGCCUCGUUGCUCGACGCGAACUAUCGCCUCGAGCGCUGGAACGAGGUCGAGAAGUGGGCGCGCUACCUGCUCGAGAACAAGAUCUUUGAUGUGACGCCAAAGACUGGCUUGCAGCAGACAAUCGCGUUCGCCAUCAACGAGAAGGCGAAGGAUCUCGACGAGGCCAAGAAGCCGAUGGAGGCAGCCAGCGAGCUGCUCCGCCUGGCUGACGAGUUCCCCGAGUCUGAUCUGGCGCCUGGCGCGGUCUUCAACGCCGCGGCGUAUUACGAGCGCGGCGAGCAGAUCAACAAGGCGAUCGAGACCUACGAGCGCGUCGUCGCGAUGAACCCGAAGGAUGAGAAGGCCAAGGAGAAGCAGAUCGAUCGCGCCGCCGAGGCGUUGUUCGUGAUGGGCGCGAUCUUCGAAUCGCGCGCCGACUUCGACCGCGCCGCCUCUUACUUCGAGCGCCUGGCUGACGAGAAGUACCGCGAUCACGAGCGCGCCUCCGAUGCUAUUUACAACGCUGGCGUGUUGCGCGAGGCGAUGGAGCAGUGGGACAAGGCGAUCGAGGUCUACGAGAAGUACAUCGACCUCUAUGGCAAGACGGGCGACGAGGAAGUCACCAAGAACGUGCGCGAGCUCGGCAUGCGCAUGGCGCACCUCGAGAAGGAGCGCGAGAACUGGAAGGAUGCCCUCAAGCGCUUCGAGUCCUUCACCAAGCGCAAGGACAUCAAGCCCAACGAGGUGAUCGAGGCAAACGCCGAGAUCGGCCUGCUCCACGAGAAGAUGAAAGGGAAGCGUUGGCAGAAGAACGCCGACGAGGCGUUCGACAAGGUUUACAAGACCUACGCCGAGAAGUUCCCCGCGCACCUCGAGACGGUCAAGGACGAGAAGGACAAGAAGGCGCAAGAUCGCCUCGCUCGCAAGUACGUCUCCGAGGCCAAGUUCACCCAGGCCGAGCGCAUCUACGAUGAGUUCGCCGGGAUCAAGCUGACCUUCCCGAUGAGCACCUUGCAGAAGAACCUCGUCAAGAAGGGUGAGCUCGAGCAGAAAGCUGAGAAGAUCUACUUCGAGGUUAUCGACCUCAAGAACCCGUUCUUCGUGUCCGCUGCGGCAUACCGCGUCGGGUCGAUGUACAAGAACUUCUCGGACGAGCUCUACAACCUGCCGAUGCCUUCGGGGUUGACGCCGGAUCAGGAAGAUCUCUACCGCAUGCAGCUCGACGAGUACGCCUUCCCGCUCCAGGAGAAAGCUCUCACCGCGUUCAAACGCGCGCGUCAGUUGGCCCUCGACCUCGAGGCCUACAACGAGUGGAGCAGCAAGUCGUGUGAGGUCAUCGCCGAGCUCGAGGCGCAAGCCUACCCGAUCACCGAGCAGGAUGGCGUCGAGACCGGGCACGAUCAGGUGCUCUUCACCAAGACCAAGCCCGCCGUCGCCGUCGCCGACGCGCGCGACCGCCUCAAGGAGCGCGAGGAUGCUCGCCGCGCCAAGGAAGAGGAGGAGCGUAAGCGCAAAGAAGCCGAGGAGGCUGCCAAGAAGGCAGCGGCCGAGGCCGCCGCGAACGGUGGCGCGCAACCUCAGCCCACGAACAAGCCCUUCGGGGCGACGAGAGACGCGCAUCACCAGAAGCGAGAAGAUAGAGACAUGAUUCAACGCGCUGCCAUGAUCGCCAUGCUCGGGCUUUUGUCGCUCGGGCUGACAACCGGUUGCAAGAAUAAGAAGAAGGACGACAAGCCUCAGGUCGAGAAGCCCAAGGUCGACGAGGACAAGGCCAAGAAAGAGGCCGAGGCGCUCGGGCUGACCAAGGACGCCUGGAUCGCCUACCAGGAAGGCGUCGCGCUGCUCGAGCAGGAGCAGCCCGAUCGCGCAGGGGCGAUCGCCAAGUUCAACGCGGUGCUCGAGACGCACCCCGAGGUCGCCGAGGCGCACUACAACCUCGCCAUGAUCUACGAGUAUCAGGGGCAGGACGAGAAGGCUCGCGAGCACCUCGAGAAGGCGCGCGAGUAUGACCCGGGCGCGGCCGAGUACAAGGUCGCCAUGGGUCGCGUCUACGCCGAGACCGACGAUUUCGACAAGGCGAAGCUGCUCUUUGACGAGGUGCUCGCGCGCGACCCCUCCAACAAGGAGGCGCGCAACAACCUCGCCGUGCUCGCGCUCAAGAAGGGUGACCUGGAGAAGGCCAAGGAGUACGUGAUCACGAUCCUUCGCGAGGAUGAGAAGAACAUCCCCGCGCUGACCACGCUCGGCCUGAUCUACAAGCAACAGAAGAACCUGUCGCUUGCCAAGUACGUGUUCUCCAAGGUCAUCGAUCUCGAUAAGAAGAACGCGGACGUCUACAACAACCUCGGGCUCGUCUACAUGAUGGAGGAUGACACGCCAAAGGCUGUGGCUUCCUUCAAGUUGGCGAAUGGCGCCGACGACGGGUACCUCGAGAGCCGCCUGAACCUGGGCUCGAUCCUUAUCGAGUACCUCGAUUACGAGCGCGCCAACGCGCAGUUCGAGCAGGCGCUCGCGAUCAACCCCGAUCACUGCGUGGCCAACCUCGGCUACGGCGCGACCCAGUACGCCACGGCCAAGUACGAGGAGGCCGUCAAGCGCUACACGUAUUACGUGGAGAAGUGCGACACCAAGCACAUCUCGAGCUACGAGCGCCUGGCUUCGCUCAAUCAGGGUCCGCUCAAGAACCCCAAGGCGGCGCUCGAGCACUACCGCAAGCUGCUCAGCCUCUCGACCGAGAAGGAGAAGCAGCAGCAGUACAAGGCGAUGAUCCAGUUCCUCGAGUCUCAGGCCAACCAGCAGGAGCCAAAGGAGCCAGCGCCCACCGAGGAUGGUGGCGCUGAUACUCCGCCAGCUGAUGGUGAGGACGGCGGCCCAGAGGAGGGCGAGGUCGAGGAGGCGCCUGAGGGCUAG